AUGAAGUUCGCUUACAUUCUUCCAGUAUUGGCUGGAGCAGUUCAAGCGACUGUUUCUCUUGACUUUAAUGUCCUCAGAGGCAAGGACGCUCGUGAGUUUGCUCAAACUCACAAGACCAGUAUCGGAUUAUCCAAGAGAGAUAACACUUUGGAUGUCCCUCUUGAUAAUGCUGCUACCUUCUACUUGACGACCUUGAAGGUUGGAUCAGAUAAGCAGGAAGUGCAAGUUUUGGUUGAUACGGGUUCGUCUGAUCUUUGGUUUGCAACUUCUCCAUGUUCUGAAUCUCAAUUGUUCAGUUGGAAAAAGAGAGAAGAUGAAGCCGAGGAGGAGAGUGACGAGGAGGAUGAAGCUGAUGAAACGCCUACUCCCACCACUGAAUCUUUCUACACUGGCUUCAUCACUGGUGCUGAUUCAUUGAUUCCCAAGUUCUCGUCUUUUGUUUCCUAUGAGCUGGCUAACAACCCUAUUGUAUCUUUGGGUGAGAACGCCUCCAACUAUUAUUAUGCAACCGAAGCAUGCACUGCUUAUGGCUCUUUUGCAACCGGUUCCUCAGACAGCUUCAAGCCAAACAAGACAGAAGAUCCAUUCUAUAUCUCAUACGGCGACUACUCCUAUGCUCUUGGUUACUGGGCUAGCGAUGAUAUUGAAAUCGGUGGUCAGGUAGUUGACGGUCUUUCAUUUGGAGUUGCUCCAUACACUGACUCUUCCGUUGGUGUUUUGGGUAUUGGCUUGCCAGGACUUGAGGGUACAGUGAGGGUUUUGCACCCAAAUAGAUCUUACGAGUAUGAAAACUUGCCAUUGCGUCUCAAGAAUUUGGGUAUCAUCCAAUCGAACUCUUAUUCUGUAUGGUUGGGUAAGAACAAUGUCUCUCAAGGAAGUGUGCUUUUUGGAGGAUUAGACACUUCGAGGUUCACUGGACCAUUGACCAAGUUGCCUAUUAUCAAUGAAUACUCCAAGUUGGGUGUUGAGCAUCCAAUUAGAACUAAUGUUCUUUUGAAUGGUAUCUCUGGUGACAACGUCGAUGUCGAUUAUGACGUUGUUGCACUUCUUGAUACUGGAACAACGUUGGCCUACUUGCCUCAAGUAUACAUUGAUCCACUUGUGGAAAAGACUAAUGGUGUUUAUGAUGAAGGUCAAUAUAAUGUCUCUUGUGAUGUGCUUUCUUCCAAGGAAGAAAUUUCAUUCAAAUUUAGUGGUAUUGAUAUCAAGGUGCCUUUAGGAGAUUUGAUUUUCCAGGUCAAUGGCUACGACACAAGCGAAGGAUGUGUUUUGGGUGUGUUGGACGGCGGAAAUAAGAGUGCCAUUUUAGGUGAUGUCUUCCUUAAGAGUGCUUAUGCUGUGUUUGACUUUGACAAUUACGAAAUCGCCUUGGCCCAAGCUGCUGGUGAGGAGAAACAGGAAAAGGAAGGGUCCAACAUCGUUACUAUCUCCAACGGUAUCCCUAGUGCUUCUUCUGCUCCGUUCUAUUCUGCUACUACAUUGAGCGAUGUCUUGUACUACAACACUUCAGACAGUCUGUACUUCUACUCCACUUCCACAUUUGGAGAGCACACUACGGUGGCUGCUGAGUCUGUAUCAUCCAAUUGGUCUUCCAAUGGUACGGGCCACACGCCAUGGUACCACAGCGACUCUGGUUCGGGUAAAAAUACUCCAGCAGCCUUGUACGCUAUUGUGGUUGGUGCCCUUGGAGGAGCACUUUCCUUCUUGUAG